UCAAGUCCUAUCGCGAUUUCUGCUGGCUGCUGCUUGGUCGCUGGCUUCUCACUCUCGUUACCGUCGGUGUCAAGUUCGGUAGAAGGUUGAACGCUGCUUGGCAGUGGCCGUCGUCGGUCGGUUUUGAACCAGAGAAAAGUGCAGAAGAAUAAAAAGCAGCAGCUUAGAGGCUGCCCUCUGUGUGUUUCCAAUUGUGCGAAGCUAAAAUCUACAAAUUUAUGGUGAGUGCUUGAUUUUUGGGACGCCUUGUCGAGUGAAUCGGACAGUGCUUGUGCCAGACGGCGGAAUACGGCCAACGGAAUGUGGAUUACGGCCUAGACGGUUGCGGAUUAGUGGAAAAUUGGAAUACCUUUGCCCGAAAGCUGACGUUCCAGACGGUGGCCCAGGAAAAACACGGAAAAUUAGCAACCUAAUCGGAGCAGUACUCCGAUAUCGGAAGUGGGGCUCGUGACAAGUAGGAUCGAUUGCAGCACGGGAGCUGGAGCGCAGUGUUCGAAGGAUAGAGUGGCCUUCUGGUCUCGAAGAAUCCCCAAUAAAGCGUACGACGUCAGAAUCUGGUUUCUGUCGAGACAGUGCAGAAAAAUUCAUGGAACAACAGCACCAUCCGAAAAGUGAAUCGAUCCGGACUUGCAGUUGUCGCUGCUGGUAGAUUAUCGGGAAGUUUGUGCUCGGGCAACCUGUGAAAAGUGCUGAAAAAUAUUGAAAUGUGAGCAAUUCCUCUGUGGGAUAGUGUAGCUUGGGAACCAGAAGGUAUAGACGUGACUAGGCAAAUUAGUGAUUCGCGAGGCAGCACAAGUUAGCGAGCAACGACUAACGAACGAAGAAGACGAAGAAGCAAAACGUGAAGCCCGAAAAUGAUUCGCGAAUGACCAAACGAAAGGAAACGCGAUAAAGCAGGAGCAGUAGCAGCAACGGAGAAGCAUACGGCCAGAGAAGUGCUAUCGAUUUUCCUCGUGAUCCAGAGUGGUACCCGCGAGGAAGCCAUCAGUGGCAGUAGGUGACAGAAAGAGAAAGGAAGAAGAGCGUGUGUGUCGGUCGGUCGGUCGAAGAACAGCUGAGACGCGGACUUGAGUGUGGCAGAAAACAGCUGCGACGGCACCGAACUGGGGGUGUGUGUGCGCGCGCCAGCGGAGCGAAGUGGGUGAAAAUUUCAGCGAUAUGAAGUGUGGAAACUGUCGUCUUUGAUCGAUAGUAAAUUGUGCUUUUCCGAAUUUUCCAUGUGGCCCCCAGUGUCCAAACGAAGAGAAUUAGUAGUGCGUGUCCUCCCCGGAGCAUAGGAGACACCUUAAAUAGGUGGGUGAAGGACGCAGCGAAGAAAGUAACAAAAGGAACCAAACAGAUCUAGUGUGGUUCAGUGGGAAGGAAAAUCCGAGUGGGUGGUGGGUGUGAAGAGGUGCUAAAGGUGGAAAAGUUCACGCACUCACGCACGGGAGUGAAACAUCUGUUCGUUGUCGGACGAACGAAACGUCGCUGUUGGUGUGCGAGUGAAUCGUUCCAAAGAGGGCGACGAGAGCGACAACACAGACAGCAGCAGCAGAGCACACAGGUUAACGACAGCGUUGCCAGAUCAACCGGUUGACUGGCAACUCUGUUGUUGAACGUUACUGUUACGUCCGGCCCUCGGUAGGAUAGGUGCCCCCGGUUCGGAAGUGCUCACGGCGCUACCGGCCAUCUUUUCUUUUGGGACCCGGUUACAGAAGCGGCUUGUAAAAUAAAUUUUAAUCUGACGCUCGGUUGGUUCGGCGGUGCUUCUGAAAUGUCCGACACCGGCAGUGGACACGACGGAGCCCAUAAGGACUACUCGCAAAAAAUGGACGGCGGUGGCGGCGGAGACUUCGACUCCGGUCAGCAAAGUCAACAAACCGAGCAGGAACUGGCCACAAAAAUGCUACAGAUCCAGUCGAAACGGUUCUAUCUGGAUGUGAAGCAAAACCGCCGAGGUCGGUUUAUCAAAGUGGCAGAAAUCGGUGCCGACGGAAGGCGCAGUCAGAUAUUCUUGGCCCUGUCGACGGCGGCCGAGUUCCGAGACCACCUAUCGACGUUCAGCGACUACUACGCGUCGCUAGGACCACCGAAUCCCGACAACGUUCCCGAGGAUGGCAAGCUAAAAUCAGAGAUGAUGAUCAAGGACAAUCGGCGGUAUUACCUUGAUCUGAAAGAAAACGUCCGGGGUCGAUUUCUGCGCGUAUCACAGACAAUUACCCGCGGUGGCCCCCGAUCGCAGAUCGCCAUCCCGGCGCAGGGGAUGAUCGAGUUCCGCGACGCCCUGACGGACCUGCUGGAAGAGUUCGGCACGAACGACGGCGGAUUCAAGGGGGAACUGCCCGAGGGGCGUCACAUGCGCGUCGACAACAAAAACUUCUACUUUGACAUCGGACAGAACAGCCGGGGCAUCUACAUGCGGGUGUCGGAGGUGAAAAGCAACUUCCGGACCGCGAUAACGGUGCCGGAGAAGUGCUGGUCGCGGUUCCGCGACAUCCUGACGGAUUACUGCGACAAGAUGAAGAAAACGUCCGAGUCAACCACAUCGUCGAUCACUGCCGAUAACCCAUUGCAGAAGCAAACAUCAAAUAAUAUGCCAUUCGAUUUGUUCAACAUGGUACUCUGCCCGAUAGUUGACAUUGGCAAUGACGAACGCUGUCAGUUGGAGGCCUACUUUGAUCCAAAAUGUUGAAUCUGUAUUUAGUUUUACUUUCCGUUUUCUGUUGUCACUCGCGCUUCACUGACAGCUGGCAGCGACAACUGACAGCUGGGCAGUGAUGCGCGAGUGUUUUUUUUUUUUAAUUUUUAGUUUCCACCUUGUUGACAAUGUUAAGUGAUUAUUUUUAACGAUAUUUUAUUUACGCGUUAUGCAAACUAGGUAUUCAAAUUGGAAUAAAGUAUGAAGCUAUGACUACUUUAUCGAUAUAAAAAGAAAAAAAAUAAGAAAUGAACGAUACAAACAAGAAAAAAGAUAAUAUAAAAAUAUUUUUAGGUGAGAUGAAGUUUUCGGUUUGAUUUUUUAUAUAGGAAUCUAAAUUAUUUAAUCCGUUUAUAAAUGCUUUUCCUGAGAAAACAAAAGAGAGAAAUAGAGGAAAAUCAUUAAGAUUUAAAGUAAAAAGAAAGUAAAACAUAAUGAAAGGAAAUUAUGACGAUGUUACAAAGAAACACAAGCAAAAAGAAAAUGAUAAUGCUGUAGAAUUCGCGAAUCAAAUGAUCAAUCUAGAUAAACGGUUUUAUUCUUUGAUUAAGAUACUAGAAUGGAAGAAACAAACACAGAGAGAGAAACCAGAAAUGGGCAUACCACAACAACUAGUAGAGAACACGAAAGAAAGAGAGAGAAUAAACAUAGCAACAAAUAGAAACAUGAAAUGAAAGAAGGGAUCUAUAGAAUACAUGAAAUGUAGGGGGUUAUAACUAUUAAUAAAAAAAAUAUCCACACGUGGCCGCGUUCCUCUUGAAGGGGAACCAACGCGUGCCACGGGGAUGAUGUGAUGUGUGUAAGCAGUAAGCAUUCAUUCGUAAGUAAACGUAUAAGAGCAACAACAGGUCUCACAAACACAAACAAACAAACCAACCAAUAUAGAGGAAAAAUGGGCAACCAUUUUAAAAAAAUGCGAAAGCUGUGAUUCACGUUCUGAGAUCGGGUUUUUGCAAAUUCAAUAAAACUCUUCGUAUAUGAAACUCCCGCUGGCGCGAUGAACAUUAACCGAUUAAAAAACACUUUUCAAAAUCGAACAUAAAUCACAAGAUAUAUCAAAUCGACUUGAAUUCGAACAGAGCACCUUUAAUGUGUGAUGAAUACAAAAUAAAAAGAAGAAAAAAACUACCAUGUUCAAUAUUUACCAUUCAACACAAUUCGAUUCAUCAGAGUUGGAAAAUUUUCCGAUAGCAAAUUAGCAUUGAUUGGUUAGGCUUGACAGACAAACGUCCUUACAAACAGUCCCAGCAGUAAAAUACAGAAAUACAGAAUUAACUAAAAAAAAAUAGCCAACGUACGGAGAGGGAGCAUCUGCAAGUGGAGUGAUGGACGACAAACACGAAGAUAAACAUGCACUAGUGUUGUAAUGGAUUAAGGAAUAAACAAGUCGACAGCUUAAAAAGGUGUUUUGAUUAUUUGAUUCAGGUGUUACAAUGUUAGUAGGAAAUAUACUAAUAAAUGUGAUUACAAACAACAAAUCCAAUAAAGAAAAAAAAAAAACAAAAAAA